AUGCAAAGUUUAGGUUUAAAAGAUCUAUCAACAACUUCACAAAGUUUCACCAUCUUUUUCAACCAAAAAUCUUUAUUAUCACCAUCAUCUCCAUAUUCCAAAAUCACUGCUACCAUAUAA